UCAGGAAGUGGUGUGUUGUCAACAUGGCGGCGCAGCAGAAUGAUGUCGACGAGCUGUUCGAUGUCAAAAACGCUUAUUACAUCGGCAGUUAUCAGCAGUGUAUCAACGAGGCUCAGAAGGUGAAGCCGUCGUCGCCAGAGAAGGAGACUGAACGGGACAUGUUUCUGUACCGAGCAUACAUCGCCCAGAGGAAGUACGCUGUUGUCCUGGAGGACAUCAAGGCCUCCUCAUCCCCGGAGCUUCAAGCUGUCAAGAUGUUCGCCGAGUACCUGUCGAGUGAAGGCAAAAGGGAUGCUAUUGUGGAUGAUUUAGACAAGAAGAUGGCAAAGAGUAUGGAUGCCGCCAACACCACCUUCCUUCUCAUGGCUGCAUCCAUCUACCACCAUGAGACGAACACAGACUCUGCUCUGCGGACUCUCCACCAAGGAGAAAGCCUGGAGUGCAUGGCCAUGAGCAUUCAGGUGUUGCUGAGUCUGGACCGUGUUGAUCUGGCAAGAAAAGAGCUGAAGAAGAUGCAGGAGCUGGAUGAAGAUGCUACUCUCACCCAGCUGGCCACAGCCUGGGUUAAUAUUGCUGUGGGUGGGGAGAAGCUGCAGGAUGCCUACUACAUUUUCCAGGAGAUGUCAGACAAGUACUCGUCCACACCGCUGCUUCUCAACGGGCAGGCAGCCUCUUACAUGGCCCAGAAUAAGUGGGAGGAGGCCGAGGGAGUGCUGCAGGAGGCCCUCGACAAGGACAGCAGCCACCCUGAGACGUUGAUCAACCUCAUAGUGCUGACACAGCACCUGGGCAAAGCUCCUGAGGUAACCAAUCGGUACCUCUCUCAGCUGAAAGAUGCACACAGAGCUCAUCCAUUCCUCAAGGACUAUUUAGCCAAGGAGAACGAGUACGACAGACUAGUGUUGCAGUACACCCCCACUGUUACAGCGUGAGACAUCUGCAUCUGCUGAGAUGCCUCAACAAUGGACUUAAGUUUAACACCAUGAGGAUCACACACUAUGUCCCUCUCACACACAUACACGCAAUACAAUGUAAAUGUCCCUUGGCUAUAGAUGAAACAUGUCUCCCUCUGUAUGCAUUCUUUCUAAAUUUGCAUUUCUCUAAUUGAAAUUGACACAUCUGUGUAAUGUAAGCAUUCCUUUGAAAUAUUAAUAAAUGUUUAAUACGUG